CUCUCCUCCCCCCUCAUUUCUUCCCUCGCGCCCCACAUCAUCAUGAACCAGACCGUCGAGGAGGCCUACAACACCGGUCUAGUACUUCGGCUCGCUUGCGGCGCCGGCUCAACGGGCCACCGCCGAUGGAGAAGGCGAGAUUUUUCCAAGAAAUCAGAACCGUCUGUUCAGAAUACGAUGCUCCCCGGGCCAUCUCUGACCCUUGGAUUCUCAGACUCAGAUUACAGUCCAUCGUUAGCCGCCUCCUUGUUGGACGUGAAGAAGGAGGACGAGGAGAUGGAGAAAUUGUCACAGAGAGGGAGUGAUGAAGAGGAUGAAGGAAGCUGUAGGAAGAAGCUGAGACUUUCUAAGGAGCAGUCUACUCUUUUGGAGGAGAAGUUCAGAGAGCACAGCACGCUUAAUCCGAAGCAAAAGCAAACGCUGGCGAAGCAAUUGAAUCUAAGGCCACGACAGGUGGAGGUGUGGUUCCAGAACAGAAGAGCUAGGACAAAGCUGAAGCAAAUUGAAGUGGACUGCGAGUUGCUCCGGCGAUGCUGUGAAACCCUUAGGGAGGAGAACAGAAGGCUACACAGAGAGCUGCAGGAACUGAAAGCUCUCAAACUAACGGCGGCGGUGACGCCGAUGUACAUGCAACUACCUACGGCGGCAUAUACCGUUUGCCCAUCUUGCGAGAGGGUGGCCGCCGCCGGUGCCCGCGACGGGAGAAAAGCUACUUCUUUAACGGCGUCGUCGACGGCGAUUGUGAAUAAGAAAGCUCUGUUUUUGAAUCCUUUUAGCCAUUCGGCUACGUGCUAGCUGCCGAGUAUUUCAGUGGAAUAAAUUAAAAAUUAUUACG